AUGGACAGAUACAAGAUAGACAGGUACAAGAUAGACAGAUACAAGAUAGACAGAUACAAGAUAGACAGGUACAAGAUAGACAGAUACAAGAUCCACAGAUACAAGAUACACAGAUACGAGAUGGACAGAUACAAGAUAGACAGAUACAAGAUAGACAGAUACAAGAUGGACAGAUACAAGAUAUACAGAUACAAGAUGGACAGAUACAAGAUAGACAGAUACAAGAACCACAGAUACAAGAUAGACAGGUACAAGAUAGACAGAUACAAGAUCCACAGAUACAAGAUACACAGAUACAAGAUGGACAGAUAA